AUGGGGAAGUGGACAGAUAUAAAGCCCGGUUGGUUGCUAAAGGAUAUAACCAAAUUGAGGGGCUGGAUUACAAAGCUGGACAUCAAUAAUGCCUUCUUACAUGGGCAUUUGAAUGAAGAGGUAUACAUGGUACCUCCUCAGGGCUAUUAUAAGGCCCAACCUGGUCAACAUACUGACAUUGUGUUUGUGAUCUUGCUGGUAUAUGUUGAUGAUGUUAUAUUAACUGGGAAUUCUGUAGAUGCUAUUAAUAAAUGCAAGAUGGCCUUACAUUCAAAAUUUACCAUUAAAGAUUUGGGACCUAUGAAAUACUUCCUAGGGCUGGAAGUUGCAAGAUCUUCACAUGCAACAAUUAUUAGCCAAACAAAGUUCAUUUGUGAUGUACUCAAAGAUGUAGGCAUGCUUCAAUGCAAACCUGCAUCUUCCCCCUUGCCUCAAGGGUUACAUCUGACCCCUGACUCAGGGGAGCCUCUUUCUGAGCCUGACAUGUACAGAAGGUUACUUGGUAGACUUCUUUACAUUAACUUAACAAGGCCAGACAUUUGCUAUGCUGUCCAACAUCUAAGUCAAUUUAUGAAUAAGCCUCGAAAGCCCCAUUGGGAGGCUGCUCUUCAUGUCCUUCGCUACCUUAAGGGAUCCUUACACCAGGGUCUUUAUUUCCCUGUGACUGAUGAUCUGUCUCUUAGUGCCUAUUGUGAUUCUGACUGGGCAGCUUGCACUUACUCUUGCAAGUCUCUAUCUGGGACUUGCAGGUACUCAUUAAACUGCCCAUACCUCUACAUUGUGACAGUAAAGCAGCCAUGUACAUUGCUGCCAAUCCAGUAUUCCAUGAGCGCACAUUGA